AUGAGAGCUGUGGAGGCCUCCCUGUUAAAAGCCAGUCGUAUUUAUCCUGACUGCUUUCCCAUGGCCAAAAAGCUUUGGGCUAUGACUUACAAGGCUGAAGAACAGCCAGCACGUGUUGAUUUGACAUUGAAGAAGUUCAGCCUAGCUACAAUAUACGGACAGAUAGAGGGAAAGAUGUUCUGGGGAGUGUGUCAACUUCUUGGACAUUAUGCACGUCUGGACUGGGCUCUAUUGUAUAACUGUCCAAGGUCAUGUAUUUAUGCUUUUAUGGCCAGUCAGUUUCUAAUUCUAAGGACCCCCAAGAAAAGGGUUCCUUUUUUGCAAUUGUUAAGAAGUGCGUUGAUGAGUAAGUUGAAGUGGAGGCGCCUUAGGAGGCAAACUGACAUUUUGGAAUUUCAAGAGAAGGUGGCUCUCUUUUUCUCGGGUAUAUCUGAAUCAGAGAGAAUUGUCUUCCAUAUAGUGACUGAUUCUCUUAAUCUCCCAACAAUCUCAAUGUGGCUCUUAUUAAAUAAUCCUGACGAAGCCACAAUCCAGAUCCAGAGCAUAGACACUUUUGAAUGGUUGUCAGCCAAGUAUGAAGUGACACUGCAGAAGCAAACCUCCUCUGAUCCGAGAUACAUUUCUGCACUGAACCACCUUCGCUUCUAUCUGCCAGAUGUUUUUCCCCUGCUUAAUAAAAUUGUGCUCCUUGGCCAUGAAGUAAUUGUGCUAAGCGAUCUAUCCAUACUUUGGAGUUUUGACAUGAAGAGUAAAGUAAAUGCAGCAGUGGAGACCUGUCAGGAAGGUGAGCCUUCAUUCCGUAGGAUGGAUUUGUUUAUCAACUUCUCAGACCCAAUGGUGGCAGAGAUUUGA